AUGGCGUCUUUGUGGCAGCAGUACAAGAAUGUUUCGCCACGGAUGCGGAUUGCUUUUGGCGUUGAUCAAACGAUGAGCACCAUGGGGCCCAUGAACGGCAUCACGGCUAGUGCCUCCAUCGAUGCUGGCGACAGCGCCGGUGCAUCUGCCAGCCUCGUCUUUACUGGCCAGCUGCCCAGCCCCGGUAGCGUACGCCUGUAUGUCGCCACCUACCCCCGGCAGUCCACCUCGCAGAGUCAGCUCGAGGCCUGCUCCCUGGAUCAGAUUGGCGAGCUCUACGAUCCUCAAAAUCUGCGAGCCAACCCCAACUACGCGACCCGUUGCAGCGCCGAUCCCAGCAAUUGCGCCCCGGGUGACCUUGAGGGUAUCUUCGGCAAGCUCACCGACUGCUCCUCCUCCCUGUGCCGUCAUGGCCAAGCCAAGACCGCCCCACGCGACCUCGUCGCCCUGACCGGUCGCGCCUUGGUCCUCGUAAAUAUUGCCACCAACCAACCCCUCUAUUGCUCAAACCUUGUCAUCAAAACCCAGGGCGUCUCCAAUAGCGCCCUCCAAGGCAAAGCCCACAACAAGCUGCUGCGCACCUCCUUCAUGGCCCGCCAGAGCCGCUUCGAAGACAACAUCCUCAGUCGCUUCACGCUCCGCUUUGGCUCUCCCAACCCUGCCAACCUUCCAACCACCACUGCCCACUGGCUGUUGGCUGAUCGACCCGCGACCUCCACCCUCGCAAGUUUCUGCGCUGCCGCUUCAACCCCCGCCAUCAGCAUCAACCUGACCCAGACUUGCAAUGGACCCCUGGAUCUGCAAAGUACCAGUGGCGUCGCACACUGCGUCACCACCCUGGCCGAGGACCUGGCAACGCUGAGCAACCCCGUUCUCCUCCUCUCCAAUACCAAGGGUGGCAGCCCACUUCUCUGCAGCCCCCUCCACGCGCCGAAAUCGCGCGUCGUCCAUGCCCUCUUCAACACAGAACUCGUCGACGGCGUGAUUCAAUUCAGCCAGCCCGACCCCGAUAGCGCCACAACCAUCUCCGUCACCCUUAAAGGCUUGCACCAGCGGGCUGGCGGCUGGCACGUUCACACCUUCCCCGUGCCCGAACCCAGUGCCGUCGGCGCAAGCCCGGGCGUCGACCAAUGCUCUGGCGCUGCUGUCGGCGGUCAUUUUAACCCCUUUAAUGCCCUCGUUCCCUGCUCUUCCGCACCCGGUAUGACUGACGACCAGUGCGAGGUCGGAGACCUGGCUGGCAAACACGGUACCUUGGCCAACCUGGAUAGCGUGUCCAUCACCUACACCGAUUGGAACCUGCCGCUUUUUGGCGCCGCCUCCAUCGUUGGUCGCAGCAUCGUGAUUCACGUCAAUGCCAACAACAACCCCCGCCUCGCCUGCGCCACCAUUCAGCCCGAGCCAGACUCGGUGACGACUGUCGUUGCCCGCUUCAUGGGUGAUGUCGUGGGUGACAUUACCUUUCAGCAAGACGCCGCUGAUCCCUAUGCCGACACCACCGUGCUCGUUGACCUGCGCUACACCAACCAAUCGCAGAGCGCCACCAGCGGCCACAAUUGGCACGUUCACGUGGAUGCCCCCGAUUUACUCAACUGCGCAAGUGCAGGUGGCCACUACAAUCCGCUCGAUGUUUGUCUCACGGCUGCCUGUGGCUAUCCCUCCACCUGCGGUGUGGGCCGCUUGCAACCUGGCUGCGAGAUGGGUGACCUAGCCAACAAACACGGGCCGCUCAAUAUUUUAAGCGGUGCCACGUUGCCCGGCGCCCGCGCCUUCUUCACAGACCUCCAGUUGCCCCUCUCUGGCCCUGACUCAAUCAUCGGGCGCUCCAUUGUCGUGCACGGCGCCGAUGGUGCUGGUGCCCGCCUAACAUGUGCAACCUUGCGCCGCCGUGCCCCCCGUACCGCCACCGCCACCGUGGCCAUGGGUGGCAUCAGCGGCACGGUCGGCUUUGCCCAAGCCUAUCCAGGCGCCCCGACUUACGUCACGGUCAACCUGGCUGGCCUUCAACAGCGCAUUGGAGGCUACCACGUCCAUGUUCUACCGGUUCCAGCGCCCUCCGAAGUGGGUCUCUCAAGUCCCAGCGCCGCGCAAUGCAGCCCCGCUGCCGUGGGGGGCCAUUUCGACCCCUACAAUACCGGCAAUACCUGCGAUCCAUCUAUCACUGGUGACGCCUGUGAGGUUGGCGACCUCAGCGGCAAGCACGGCUCGCUCAGAGGUCUGACUUCAAUCGACGUCGGCUACUCUGACAUGCACCUGCCACUCUUUGGCGUCAACUCUAUCGUUGGCCGCAGCGUAGUGCUGCAUUCCACGGCUCAAGGCGCCCCGCGCCUGGCUUGCGCUACAAUUCAGUAUGCCGACACCCACUCGGUGCUCACUUACAAAGCACACUUCACGUCAACGGGUAGCGCGAGUGCGGUCACCGGAAGCAUCGUUUUUCAGCAGUUGCGGGACGAUCCGGAUGCGGAGACGAGCGUCCUGGUCGCGCUGGCGCAUUCAGCGCACUCUUCGGGAGUGUCCAUGGGCCAUGCCUGGCAUGUACACCAGUCUCCAGUCUCUGGCAGUGAUUGUGCAUCCGCAGGUGGGCACUACAAUCCCUACGAAGUUUGUCUGAGUGCAGACUGUGGCUACUCCUCUAGCUGUGGCCAAAGUGGGCUGCAGGCGGGCUGUGAGCUGGGAGACCUCGCCCACAAGCAUGGCACCUUGAGCCUCGGUGCCGCGAGUCCUCUGCCCCUUUCGCGUAGCUUCUACACGGAUAUCCAGCUGCCGCUGAGUGGGGCAACAAGCGUAGGAGCCCGCUCCAUUGUGAUUCAUGGCUCCAACGGAACGGCGCCGCGCAUUGCAUGCGCUUCUAUGGUAGCCUCUAUCAGCUCAACAUCAACGGCUGCCCCUACGUCUACUCCCGCGUCUUCCAGUAAACAUAAACACCGCCGCACCGCUGUAGCGCUCCUGGUAACUGCACUCUUUCUUGUUGCGGGCGCCAUGGCUGGCAUGGCCUACUAUCGUCACACCCAGCGACAUACUCGGGGCAUCGGAUCGGAUAUGACUGAACAACUUUUGAUGGACAGUGAGUACGCAGCCCUGGAGGAAAUGCACAAGGAUGACGAUACGUUUGAUCUCAAUCGCGCAUCCCAAGCCUAGGAAUUACCUCCGCCCCCCACCUGUUUUUUUUUUUUCCUUUCUGAGUUUGGGACUGAUCAAUCUUUCAGCGCUAUGUAUAAACGUUUGCCGCCUUUGUAACCGUGGUUGAAAAGAACUGUGACUGGCACCAGCCAUGCCACUUCUUGCCCCGUGAUGAAUUUACAUGUUAAUAGGC